AGUUACAGAUGUCCGCUGAAGUUUUUCAGUUGUCGAGUGGACGCACCAGACAACCAAAACCAAAAACUCGUUAUUUACCUUGAAAGAUCGCCACGAAAGAUCCCUCUGAGUCUUUAAAAAACCCUUGAGAGCAGCAGACAACGAAGAAAUCCGCGAAUUCAGCGUUUGAACGUGCGAAAUAUGAAGUUCCAGUACAAGGAGGAGCAUCCCUUUGAGAAACGAAAGGCCGAGGGCGAGAAAAUUCGUCGAAAAUACCCCGACAGGGUUCCAGUGAUCGUUGAGAAAGCACCAAAGGCCAAGAUCAGCGACUUGGACAAGCAGAAGUACUUAGUCCCCUCCGAUCUUACGGUAGGUCAGUUCUACUUCUUGAUUCGUAAACGCAUACAUCUUCGCCCCGAGGAUGCGCUCUUCUUCUUCGUAAACAACAUCAUUCCACCCACAAGUGCCACCAUGGGCUCGCUCUAUCAGGAACAUCACGAGGAGGACUGUUUCCUCUACAUUGCGUACAGCGAUGAGAACGUGUAUGGCCACUAGGUCCUCAUCCCUCCACAAUGGCGCACCAUAUCCCCACGAGUGGAAAUAAAAUCACCAAAAAAGGUUUCGAAAAUAAUCUAGAGUCUGCAAAUUCCCAAGAAUGAGUGACGACCCUAAAAAAUGAUAAAAAUCGUAGUCUCUGUAGCACCGGAAGCGUUGUCAGCAUUUUAAAACUCCCCCGAGUCAAAAUUAAUCAUCCACCAGUGUUAAUCAAUAAGCCAAAUUUUUUUUAUUCUCGUUUCGAUCGUCUCCUGGUCUCAAAAUCUAGUCUCUAUUCAUCAGCAUCGAUAAUUAUUCCCACUGUCACUCGACAUUUUUUUCUGUCACUCAUUAAGUUCUGUUGACAAGUAUUUUGCCGUCGAUAAAUAAAUAAAUCGCGAAACCGGUUAGUUUAUUGAUUGAUUAAUUGUUUGGAUUACAUCAGUCAUUUAUUUUUAUUAAAUUGUCCGUGUCUCUCGUAAUGCCGAAUUAAUAGCGCAUUGUUGAUUGAUUGAAUGAUUUAGUUGAAUUAAUUAGGGAAUUGUAUCAGUUCGCUGUUCGAAGAUGACGAAUAAAUCAUGGCAAAAUGUGGGUGCAGUCGUCCAGGGGUAAAAUAAUUUUAAAAAUUAAAGAAAUAUAUGAAAAAACAAAAUCAAUGAAAAGCGGCGUGAUAAUUUUUAUUUCACUGUUAGGCUAGUGUUGCUACUUGUAUUUUCAAUGAAUAUAAUGUUAUCAUUUAGUUAAGAGAAAAAAUGGCGACUAUUUGAUUGAUGAUUCGACUGAAAUUCGUGGAUUUUUUCAGGGAAAUUCAAUUCACGUGAUUUCGGUCGGUCGAAUCAAUGUAAAAUCAAUAUAAAAUUGGAUUGGUAAUUUCUAUAAUGAUGAGGGGAGGGAUUAUUUUGUUAAGUCAAAUUUAUUAUGAGUUUUAUUAAUUCAGUGAAGUUUUUAUUGUCAUAGGAUCCAAUUAAUCGAUGUAAACGCCAAUAAAAUGACAAAAAAAUCAUAAACCGAAGAA